GCAGGGCGAGGGCUGGGCUGGCGGCCCGGGGCCGGGUUGCCCGGCGCGCUGCAGGCGGCGGCAGGCCCGGGCCGCGGAGCGGGGUCCCGAGGUCGGGAGCCCCGGGCGGGCGGUGGGAGCCCCGCCGGGAGCCCUGCUGGUGGUCGCGGGCCUGCCGCAUCUCACCCGGGUCCUUCUUCCCCCAAGCAGACCCCGCCUGCGGGUCGCGCAGCGCGACCAUGGUCUCCAAGUCCGACCAACUGCUCAUCGUCGUGUCCAUCCUAGAAGGUCGCCAUUUCCCCAAGCGUCCAAAGCAUCUGCUUGUAGUGGAGGCAAAGUUUGAUGGAGAGCAGUUGGCUACUGACCCUGUGGGGCACACCGACCAGCCAGAAUUUGCUACCGAGUUAGCCUGGGAGAUCGACAGGAAAGCCCUCCAUCAGCACAGGUUGCAGCGUACGCCUAUCAAACUGCAGUGUUUUGCCUUGGAUCCUGUAUCUUCAGCCAAGGAGACUAUAGGUUACAUUGUUCUAGACUUAAGAACUGCUCAAGAAACAAAGCAGGCUCCAAAAUGGUACCAGUUGUUGAGCAAUAAAUACACCAAGUUCAAGACUGAGAUACAGAUAGGCAUUGCUUUGGAAACAGAUACAAAGGCCCCAGUGGAUAGUUUUAAAGCCAAAGGAGCCCCCCCUCGAGAUGGAAAAGUACCUGCCAGCCUGUCUGGACUCGACCCCAAGGACAUUGUGGUGGUGCUAAAUGAGGAGGGAGGCUACCAUCAGAUCGGCCCAGCAGAGUACUGCUCUGACUUCUUCAUUAUGUCGGUGACCAUAGCCUUCGCCACCCAGUUGGAGCAGUUAAUUCCAUGUACCAUGAAGCUUCCAGAAAGACAGCCUGAAUUUUUCUUUUACUAUUCUUUGCUGGGAAAUGAUGUUACAAAUGAACCCUUCAAUGAUUUAAUCAACCCAAACUUUGAGCCAGAGAGAGCAUCUGUUCGAAUACGUAGCAGCAUAGAAAUUCUUCGUGUUUACCUGGCUCUUCAGUCUAAACUACAGAUACAUCUUUGCUGUGGAGACCAGUCACUUGGAAGUACAGAAGUACCCUUAACUGGACUCCUGAAAAAGGGGAGUACAGAAAUCAACCAGCGCCCAGUCACAGUCGAGGGUGCUUUUAUUCUUGACCCUCCAAACCGAGCCAAACAAAAGCUUGCGCCUAUCCCUGUGGAGCUAGCCCCGACUGUCGGCGUGUCUGUGGCUCUGCAGAGAGAAGGCAUAGAUGCCCAGUCUUUAAUUGAGUUAAAGACCCAGAAUGAACAUGAACUACAGCAUUCAAAGAAGCAAGUUUUAACUCCUAUAAAAGAGAAGACACUCACUGGGCCAAAGUCACCAACUGUGUCCCCUGUUCCACCUCAAAACCCAUCACCUCCCACAAAAGAUGAUGCAACAGGAAGUGAAGCGGAAAGCUUGCAGUAUGAUAAGGACACAAAACCAAAUCCAAAGGCCGUCGGUCCUUCCAUACCUGCUUCUGUGGCCCAGCCAGUACCCGCAUCCCAUGCUUCAGAAACAGCCUCAGGACAGAAGAUUGCCGUGCCGGCGACAUCACAUCAUUUUUGCUUUUCGAUAGACUUAAGGAGUAUCCAUGAUUUGGAAGUUGGUUUUCCAAUCAACUGUAUAUUAAGGUACUCCUAUCCAUUCUUUGGUAGUGCAGCUCCCAUUAUGACUAAUCCUCCCAUAGAAGUUCGCAAAAACAUGGAGGUUUUUCUUCCACAGUCUUAUUGUGCGUUUGAUUUUGCAACUCUCCCUCAUCAGCUGCAGGAUACCUUCUUAAGGAUUCCAUUGCUGGUUGAAUUAUGGCACAAGGAUAAAAUGAGUAAAGAUUUACUUCUGGGGAUCGCCAGAAUCCAGCUUUCUAACGUCCUGUCUUCAGAAAAAACUCGCUUUUUAGGUUCCAGUGGUGAACAGUGUUGGCGUCAGACUUACAGUGAAAGUGUGCCUUUCAUAGCCGCACAGGGGUCAAACAACAGGAUAAUGGAUCUUUCUUACACAGUAACUCUUGAAGAUUAUGGACUCGUAAAAAUGCGUGAGAUCCUUGUCUCUGAUUCGUCUCAGGGUUUAUCUGCUGUGCAGCAGAAGCCACCUUCUGUUCCUCCGGCACCUUGUCCUUCAGAAGUCCAGACAGAGCCUCGAGAAACCUUAGAAUACAAAGCUGCUCUGGAGCUGGAAAUGUGGAAAGAGAUGCAGGAAGACAUUUUUGAAAAUCAGCUAAAGCAGAAGGAAUUGGCUCAUAUGCAGGCUCUUGCAGAAGAAUGGAAGAAAAGAGACCGAGAGAGAGAAUCGCUUGUAAAGAAAAAGGUAGCUGAAUAUACUGUUCUAGAAGGAAAACUUCAAAAAACCCUAGUUGACUUAGAGAAGCGAGAGCAGCAGCUUGUCCUUGCAGAAUCGGAGGUUCAAAGAGAAAGAAAGGAACUGAAAUUAGAACGUGAACGGAACCUGCAAGAACUUCAGGACUCUAUCCGGAGAUCCAAAGAGGAUUGUGUGCAUCAAGUCGAACUCGAGAGGUUGAAGAUGAGACAGCUUGAAGAGGACAAACUCCGACUGCAGCAGCAGCUUAAUGAUGCUGAAAAUAAGUACAAGAUUUUGGAAAAAGAGUUUCUUCAGUUCAAGGAUCAGCAAAGCAACAAACCAGAAAUCCGUCUACAGUCUGAAAUAAAUCUUCUCACCUUGGAAAAGGUUGAACUUGAAAGGAAGUUGGAAUCUGCAACUAAGUCUAAACUGCAUUACAAGCAGCAGUGGGGACGAGCUUUGAAAGAACUUGCCAGACUUAAACAGCGGGAGCAAGAAAGUCAAAUGGCUCAUCUGAAAAAACAGCAAGAAGAGCUGGAACAGAUGCGACUACGCUACCUGGCUGCUGAGGAAAAAGAUACGGUGAAGGCCGAGAGACAGGAAUUACUGGAUAUCAGAAAUGAAUUAAACAGGUUAAGGCAACAAGAACAGAAACAGUACCAGGAUUCCAGAGAGAUUGCGAGCGGAAAACUGGACAGCCCGCAUGGCAAUGCCCUGGAAGAGGGUUUGGAUGAUUAUUUGACUCGACUCAUAGAAGAAAGGGAUACUUUGAUGAGGACGGGUGUGUAUAAUCACGAGGAUCGAAUAAUAAGUGAACUAGACCGACAGAUCAGAGAGGUUUUGGCAAAAAACAAUGCCAGUAAUUAAUACCAUUUGGAAAAUCUUUACAGAGACUCCAGACCUGAAUAUUAAUUUCAUUGUAAAACCCUCGAAAGAAGGGAAAAUGAAUAUUUUAAAACCAAUUUUCAAUUUUUUAUAAGCAAAGUUUUGUAUGUUACUGUACAGUAUUUAUUUGACUUUAUUUACUUUAUGCUACCUCUCCCACUCUGGUUUUAUUUGUAAUUGCAUUUUAUAUACUCAUUUUAAAUGACUUUUCAGUGUUUCUCAUAAUUUAUAAUUUCCUGGCUAACUUUCCCAGCAGCUUUUCACGAGAUUUGUCCUUAGAGAAAUGACUGCAGUAAUUUCCAGUUGUAUAAUUUUUCACAUUGAGCUGAAAGAAUAUAUGUUGCACUUUAAAAAUGCUGCAUCCUAUUCAUUUGAAUAUGGCUAUCUUGAAAGUUGAGGCCAACUGUAAAUAAUUUAUUUUACUUUAGACAGCCUGUGUUUUUAACUUGUAAUAUUGGACAAGUUUGAAAACAGAGAGCAAGAUCAAUGCAGAGAAGCGCUAGGCUCUAUUGAAUGACAACCUAGGCAUUUAUUUAAAUAAAGUUCAUAUAGAAUAAA